GUAAUUACAAGAAAUAUUAAAUCUGUUCUUUUUAACUGAACUUUUUGCAUCAUUUAUCUGUUCUCAUUUUUUCUCCAAUAUGAAGAGAAGUUCAGCUAAAAAGAACAGACCUAUAUCUCAUUCUUCACUUGUCUUUACGCGUUCAUUCCACUCGAUGAGGUAAUAACGCAGCAUGACAGUUCGUUUGAAAUGCCUCUGAAGAUCGAUCUUUCUGAGAUCUGUGUUUCUUCGCGAUGACAUUGUUUGAAAUUAAACAAAUUUGACGAAAAAUGUUUUCAAAAAAUGUCAUUAGAAAAAUACCUGGUGACAUACCGCCUCCUCCGAAGAAAGAAAGUCAAGGCUACAUUGAUGAUUUAGGGAAGAAACAAAAGUUUCAAUUGGAAGAGCUUCUAGAGAGGCAGAAAAAAAUUCUUGCCAAUAAAAAGUUUAUUUCAAAGCUUCCUGACAAAGGAGAGAAAAUUAUAAGCUUUCAUGACAAGAUAUUGGAGGAACUCAAACUUAGGAAUGAAAUAGAGGAGGCAGCUAAUUUGCUAUCACGACUUAAUAUAGCAUCUGAAGGCAAAGCAGCUAUGAGCAAAUUAGAAUGGACAGGGAAAUAUAAUGAUAACGAAGAUACAACUAAAAUUGUUGAAUUAGACAGUGAUGACGAUGAGGAAGAUCCAUUGAAAAUAUUAGCUCAGCCUACAGGAACUGGUGUUCACAAAAAGAAGAUUAUACAUGUGACACAUGAAGAAAGCCUUAUCAAACCAGAGGACAUAGCAGAAAUUGAAUCUUUCAAAACAGAUCCCUUAGACAUAGAGCAUGUGAAAUAUAUCGUUGAUAAAGUAGAGAAAGCACAGGAAACAAAUAAAAAGAAAGAGCCUUUUAAGCCAUAUAAAACAACAAAAAGCAAUGUGCAUGAUCCAGCAAAAGAAAAAUUAAGAAAACUACAUAAGAAUUGGGAGGUCACAGCAGCUACACCGCCUCUUAUAGUUCAUGGUGCAGUCAAGAUUUUAACUUUGAACGAAUCUUUAAAGUUGCAGAAGGAACAAACUGAAAAGUUACAGGAAAUUCAAGCGAAACAUGCAGUGGAACGUCUAGCUAAUCAAAUAGGACUACACAGUGUUGGCCUUAUACCACAGAAUAUUGAUAAUUAUCGGUCACAUACAAACGAUUUAUCUUCCUCGUCUUCUUCAUCUGAUAAUGAAGAGGAACAUGAAGUUCAUGACGAGGAAGAUAAUGACAAAGGCGGGACAGUUGUAUUUACUGUGGAUUCUAUAGAAAACUAAGACUAUUAUAUUUUGUAUAUAUAUGACAAGAAAUGAUUAACUAUAAAAGUAUUUAUUUUCAUUUUAAAUAAAAUAAUUUUUAUUAUACAUAUGAUUCAUUACACACCUCAUUUUUUUGAGUUAUUGAUUCCAAUGUUCAAGUUUGUAAAUGAAACUAUAAAUUACGAUAAUUCAUG